UGAGGUAUCAGAAUGAAGUUAUGUCCCAUUCGAACGACGGCAGGCAUGAGCGACCGAAGUCUGGACGAAGAGCACGCGGGUUUGUCCAGCCGGCCGGGAUUCGAUCCUACCUUCAUGAAGGAAGGAUACCUGCAGAAACAAGGCCAACUCCUCAAAGGGUGGAAGAAGCGAUGGUUUGUGUGCGACGGACGCAGCUUGAGUUACUUUCACACAAAGGCAGACAAGACACCGUCCGCGGUUAUCCCUCUGGAGACCGCGACGGUACAAGGCGGAGGUACAAGCGAGAGAUGGAACGGUCCUAAAAUCAACGUCACGGAUACCGUCAGCGGCGUGGUGUAUUGCUUGUCUGGGGAGGACGGGGCCACCGUGAUGCAGUGGCUCGACGUCCUCCAACACGCAGUUCAACAUAUUUCGAAUACCAAAGCGGCGACAGACUGCACGACACCGCUGCGACACAAGAGCCAUAGCUUCCCGUCGGGAAUGAAGGCCAACACGGACUUUUCUAUACGUGGAUCUCCACGCAAACCUCCGGCAUCCAUAUCUGAAUCCAUUGUGCUUGCACCGAACUCCGCCGCGUCAUCUUCAAAGCGAUCCAAAUCGCGGGCAGCAGCAGCAGCGAAACAGCCGCCAGUGCUCUCCACGUCCCUGCGACUCGAGAACGACUUAACCGCUGCCAUGGAACUCCUCAGCACGCUCCUCUUCCAGCACUCCCGCUUCCAUAUCACGCCAUCUUUGGAUGAUGACCAGGAUCCAUCCAACGUGCGAAUUGGAGUCGUCACCGACCCCGCGACUGGAAAACAAUACGUUCGCGGAACCAUCGUGUUGGACGUCGUGCCGGCUCUGGCUUUGCGUGUACUGCUUGAUCCUCGAAAGCGGCCCGAGUGGGAUGUGCAUUUCCCUGACGCUUCCCUCGUUGCAUCCUUCGGCGGUGCCACGGACCUUCUGCAUCUCGCGUCGACGUCGUCUCUGCCGAUCGUGGGCUCGUCGCAUCAUGCGACCUUGCUGGUCGUCGUCAUUUCAGCCACUGCCGCCGCCGUCGUCGCGGCCAUUUGGACGCAGUCGCUUGCGCAGGUCGCCAGUGCCGUCGUGAUCGGGGCAAUGCUUGGAGCGGUACUCGUGGUGACAGUUGCCCCCGAAACGGUGUGGAAGCACCUUGUCGAGCCGCGGGACCUGUUGCUCCUUCGUCACGUUUACGAAGCUCAAAGUAGCAUGCACUUGGCGACAUCAAACUCGAACGAUUCCAUGGUUGUUGCGGAGCUCUCGACUGUGAACGAACUCAAGCCGAUCUCUUCCAACGUCACGCGGGCAACUCUGACGGUGGGAGGAUGGCUCAUUCAGUCCGCUGGCACGGACGCCACGUUGUUGACGCACGUUGUGAGUCUCAGCUUGAAUGGAUGGCUAACACCGCCCAUGAACGAACGUGUGGUCCGCGCUCGCGUGUUACGCUGCCUUCCUGCCCUCGCGGCAUAUCUCAAGCACGCCCAGACGUUUGGACCGCAUCUGGGCUAUCACGACGACCCCUACGACAUAGAUGCCUUUGGUGAUGAAGAAGCAGACGCCGAGCCCCCCGUCGACGACGACAUGCACGACCUUCUCGCAACUGAUCUUCCCUUUCGCAGCAGUGCUUCGACCACUGCCGCCGCCGACGUUUUCCACCCACGCCAUUACAUGCGCGCAGUUGUGCGGAAUCCCACCGGUGGCGUGACCCUCACGGACAAGGACGUCGCCAAGAAACAGAACGGCGUCGUGAUGGAAGUGCUCAAGAAGAUGGGCGCCAAGAUCCUUGAUGGCAAGUCCGCCGUGAGCCUCUCGCUUCCCGUGCGCAUCUUUGAACCUCGGUCGAUGCUCGAACGGCUCGUCGACUUCUACAUGUACGCGCCAAACUACCUCGGCGCCGCGAGCGAUGCCGCCGACGACCCGGUCACUCGAUUCAAGCUCACCAUGGCAUUUGCAGUUGCUGGGUGGCACCACGCGAUGGGAUGUGCCAAGCCGUUCAACUCGAUUGUGGGGGAAACCCUCCAAGCAGCGCUGCAAGAUGGUGCGACUGUGCACUGCGAACAGGCCGCGAGCAGCCCUCUUCCGAUCGCAUACGCCCAAAUCGUGCACCCCAAGUACGCGUUGUCGUCAUACGCAGUCGUGAACGUCGCAAUGCACACCAACACAUUCACCCAAGUCCAAAACGGUCCAGUGCGGGUCUCGUUUCCGGACGGUGGUCUCAUCGAACUCAACUUGCCGUCGCUGCGCGUGAGCGGUCUACUUUGGGGCGACCGUGUCCUUGAUCUCGUGGGCACGAUCCACUUUCAAGACAAGGCGAAUGGACUCGCGUGCGACUUGAAGCUGAACUUCGAUGAACACAAGAGCAUGUUUUCCUCUAGCAAACUCCCGACAGAUCACUUUCGCGGCACUAUCUUGCAUGAUGGAGAGACUGUAUGCGAUGUGACGGGGUCAUGGCUCGACGAGCUGCGUGUGGGCGACGAAGUCGUGUGGAACUUUGAACGAGAUUCGUGCCCGCCCCUCGUUCGCCUGCAGGACGAUCAAGUGCUGCCCUCAGAUAGCCGCAACCGCCCUGACCUCCGCGCGCUCGCCAGCUAUGAUCUGGAAGAAGCACAAGAGCGCAAGUUUGAAGUCGAAAACCUCCAGCGGUCGGACCGCGCGCUCCGCAAGGAAGGGCGGCGCCCGAAUCACUGGACGUUUGCACUGUAGUUGGGAUUUUCAGGAUAUUUUAAACUAUUUGAAUUUUCCAUAGAUUUGCUCAAAUAUAUUACCAACAUUCUCGUUGAAGAACAACAAGGG